AUGCCUAAGAUUGAGGAAAUUGACGAUUACGAUGAUAUUGAUAAUUUAGAGAUGGAUCUAGCUGAGCUAGAUCCAUCGUUAAGAACACCAAUUGCUCCCAAAAUUGUGCCUUCUGUGGUGAGAAGUCAAGAUCAGGAGGAUGGAAGACUUGCAUCGCAGGACAUUCCCGCAAGUAAUUCGAAUCAAGUUGCUUUCAUAAAUCCAGAAACCGGUAAAGUGGAUAGCAGCACUCAGAUUUCGAAGGAAGAAAUGGACGAAUUUAAAAAAUUCCAAUUACUUUAUCCAUGUUAUUUUGACAAGAACAGGUCACACAAGGAGGGAAGGCGUGCACCUCGCAUGCUAUCUGUAGCUAAUCCAUUGGCUAAAACUGUCGCUGAUGCAGUACGCAGUCUCGGACUGCUCUGUAUAUUUGAAGGUGAAAAGUCACAUCCCCAAGAUUUUGGUAAUCCUGGUAGAGUUAGGGUACUUCUCAAGGAAAAUGGACAAUUGGUUUCAUCAGCCAAAGCAUUCUCAGGAGGUAAGAAACAGCUCAUCAAUAAAAUAGGUGAAUAUUUAAUCAAACAUCCCACCAGAAUUGAAAACUUGAGAGAAAUACCAUACGGACCAGAUUUUGACGAUAUAGAGUUUAAAAAGAUUCCACUUGUCGGUGGUUUUAAAAUGAAUGAGAUCGUCCCACUGCAUAGUGCUUAUCUUAUGGGGCAUCCUAUGACAAAGUCGAUUUACGAAACUGCAGCACCAGUCGAUACACCAGAGAAGCAAUUCAAGCCUCCGAAGAAUAAAUACAAGGUGAUAAGAAGAUGA